AAUAUUUUCCUGACAGCAAAAAUGGCCAACGCUAUUAAGAAGGUCAUUCCCAUGCUGGACCGCAUUCUGAUCCAGCGCUUCGAGAUGAAGACUACCACUGCCGGUGGCAUACUGCUGCCGGAGGAGUCGGUGCCGAAGGAGAUGCAGGGCUUGGUGGUGGCCGUUGGACCCGGCGCUCGCAACCCGGCCGGAGCUGGCCACCUGUCCGUCGCCGUCAAGGAGGGUGAUCGUGUCCUGUUGCCCAAGUACGGGGGCACCAAGGUGGACAUGGACGACAAGCGCGAGUACGUGCUCUUCCGCGAGAGCGACAUCCUGGCGAAGCUGGAAUAAGAUGCAGGGAUCCCCCCACACCAACACAUACCCACCCUACACACGUACACUGCUCACACCUCAGACCGGCGCAGCAAAGAAACUAAUUUCCAAUUUGCUAAUGCGCUACUUGCGUUCGAAUUUAAAUGAUUAUCAUGUGUUAAAUGUUUAUUUGGUAUCUUCCACUUGCACACACACACUUGACCCAAACACACCCCCCACACUUGUUGAGAUGAAUGUGAUAGAGCAUACGCGGCCAGGUCAUACCGCUAUGGGGCGCCACAUAUGAUUUUAUGUUGCACAAAGCUUUGAAAUAAACUACUUAAAGAGAAAA